AUGGUUGAGAUCCAGAAAGAGCUUGAGUCUGAUCGAUUGAAGUUCACAGAUAAGGAAAUGCAAGUGGAAGAAGAUCCUUUUCUCAAAGCUACAACGAUCGUAGCAUUUAUCACUCUUAAGGAACUUCUAGGAUUUGGAAUUAUUCAGAAAACCACAACUAACCGCCCAAAGUCAGAGCUCAAGCUAAAAGAGGAUCCUAUAAAAUGA